UGAGAUAGGGACGCUUCCUCCCUCUCUCCUCUCACAUGAGCUGCAGGAGCAGCAGCAGCAGCGGCAGCGGCAUGUGUUCUUCAGUGUGACAGCAACACUGGCUCCUUCCUCCCUCUUCCUUUCACUCCCUCUCUAUCUCAUCUGGGAGGAUUCUCUCACUUUUUGUGACUAUCCUUCCCAACUCAUCCUCUUGCUGAGCCCCCCCUCCCUCCUCCUGCUCCUUCACUCGGUCUCCAUCCCUCCUCCUCCUUCUCCUCCACUCUCUUUCACUCCCUGGCUUCCAGCAUCAGCGGGGGAGAGUGCAGUUCAUACUUUGCCUGGCUUUGUGUGGAAUAAAACACGUUUUCCUCUAUCUGUCUGGGAGGGGAGAGAAGAAAAAGACUCCUCUGGGUUUCCAAAGAGCACGGAACUGGCUGCACUUGAAAAAAACAUUACAACUAAAGGGAAACUAUCAGAGUAGCUCUUUACAUUUAACCUCCCAGACUACUGGCCUCAUCUAUCGGUGUACAUAAAACUACCAUCCUUUUUUAAUCAAGGAUUUCCUUUGAAGACAUCUGACUGACAGGAUGUUGGCACCUGUUCCAACUGCACUUCACAGCCUCGUCUCCUGAUCUACCCUGAGACUGCAACAACAGGAUGCUCCCUAGAGACACGUCUCAGGGUGGAGAAUUUCUUUGCUGAAUUCUAUACCUGAAAAUUCAGGAUUAGGAUACAGCACAUACUUAAGGAGACUGAGGCUGUGAACAUUCUGCUUUUGAAACAUCGAAGUGGGCAGAAACACAGCUUGUGAGCCAGUGAAAUCAAGGCUUCCAAAGCAUGCAGGUGCCAAGCUGUCAGACCAUGAACAUAGCCAGGCCAGUGGUGGUACUUCUGUGCUUCCUACUGCAUGCUGGUGCUGAAACACCACCAAAGCUUACAAGAACCCCUGUUGAUCAGAUUGGAGUAUCAGGGGGAGUUGCAUCAUUUAUUUGCCAAGCUACUGGAGACCCAAGGCCUAAAAUCGUCUGGAAUAAAAAGGGCAAGAAAGUCAGCAAUCAGAGAUUUGAGGUAGUAAUAGAAUUUGAUGAUGGAUCGGGAUCUGUUCUCAGAAUACAGCCCCUAAGAACACCAAGAGAUGAGGCUAUCUAUGAAUGUGUUGCCUCCAACAGUGUUGGAGAAGUUGCAACUACAACAAGACUCACAGUAUUAAGGGAGGACCAAAUACCUCGUGGUUUUCCGACUAUAGACAUGGGUCCUCAGUUAAAAGUGGUUGAGCGCACACGAACAGCCACAAUGUUAUGUGCAGCCAGUGGUAACCCUGAUCCUGAAAUAACAUGGUUCAAGGACUACCUGCCCGUAGAUACAAGCAACAACAAUGGGCGAAUAAAACAGUUACGAUCAGAAUCCAUUGGUGGUACACCAAUAAGAGGUGCACUACAAAUUGAGCAAAGUGAAGAAUCUGACCAAGGAAAAUAUGAGUGUGUUGCAACCAACAGUGCGGGGACACGUUAUUCUGCUCCUGCCAAUCUAUAUGUAAGAGAGCUGCGAGAAGUUCGUCGCAUUGCACCAAGAUUCUCCAUUCCACCUACAAACCAUGAAAUUAUGCCUGGUGGAAGUGUCAAUAUCACAUGUGUUGCAGUUGGAUCACCAAUGCCUUAUGUUAAAUGGAUGCUAGGCUCUGAGGAUCUAACUCCUGAAGACGAUAUGCCAAUUGGAAGAAAUGUUUUGGAACUUACCGAUGUUAGACAGUCAGCCAAUUAUACAUGCGUUGCUAUGUCUACUCUCGGAGUUAUAGAAGCAAUAGCACAGAUAAAUGUUAAAGCAUUACCCAAACCACCUGGAACUCCAAUGGUCACUGAAAGUACAGCUACUAGUAUUACACUGACUUGGGACUCUGGGAAUCCUGAGCCUGUCUCUUACUAUAUAAUUCAGCACAAGCCGAAGAGUUCUGAAGAGCAAUAUAAAGAAAUUGAUGGAGUUGCCACAACACGCUAUAGUGUUGCAGGGCUCAGUCCUUACUCAGAAUAUGAAUUUAGAGUUGUAGCUGUGAAUAAUAUUGGACGAGGCCCACCUAGUGAACCAGUAAUGACUCGGACAUCUGAACAAGCGCCUUCAAGUCCUCCCCGGAAUGUUCAGGCUCGGAUGCUAAGCUCAACAACUAUUUUAGUACAGUGGGAAGAACCUGAAGAACCUAAUGGUCAGAUCCAAGGUUAUAGAGUAUAUUACACUAUGGAUCCUACUCAACAUAUUAACAGUUGGACCAAGCACAAUGUUGCUGACAGUCAGAUAACCACUAUAGGCAAUCUGGAACCACAAAAAACCUAUUCGGUUAAGGUCUUAGCAUUCACCUCUGUUGGAGAUGGUCCGCUGUCUAAUGAUAUACAGGUUAUCACGCAAACUGGAGUUCCUAGUCAGCCACUGAAUUUCAAAGCAGAACCAGAAUCAGAAACGAGUAUAUUGCUUUCCUGGACUCCACCACGUUCAGAUACCAUAUCAAGCUAUGACCUUUAUUAUAAAGAAGGAGACCACGCAGAGGAGCAGGUUAUCACCAUUGAUCCAGCCACAUCUUAUAGGCUGCAAGGACUUAAACCAAACAGCCUAUACUACUUCCGUUUGGCAGCCCGGGCCCAAGUAGGGCUUGGUGCAUCAACGGCAGAAAUUUCAGCCAGAACAAUGCAGUCAAAGCCAUCAGCUCCUCCACAAGACAUAAGAUGUAACAGCCAAAGCUCUACCAGCAUAUUGGUAAGUUGGCUUCCUCCUCCGGUGGAAAAGCAGAAUGGCAAAAUCAUGGGAUAUUCCAUUAAAUAUACUGGAGUUGAUACAGAUGAUGCCAAGUCCCAUGAAAUACUGAGUAUUUCCUCAGAGACUAGACAGUACCUUUUGGAACAACUGGAAAAAUGGACUCAGUAUCGCAUUAUUAUGAUUGCCUAUACUGAUGUUGGACCUGGCCCAGAGAGUUCUCCUAUACUGAUUCGGACAGAUGAAGAUGUUCCUAGUGGUCCUCCUCGCAAAGUCGAGGUAGAGGCUGUCAACUCCACAUCUGUUAAAGUAUCCUGGCGCUCACCUGUGGCUAACAAGCAGCAUGGCCAAAUACGUGGUUACCAGGUGCAUUAUGUGCGGAUGGAAAAUGGGGAACCUAAAGGCCAACCAAUGCUCAAAGAUGUUAUGCUGGCUGAUGCUCAGUGGGAAUAUGAUGAUACUACUGAACAUGAAAUGAUCAUAUCUGGACUGCAGCCUGAAACUGCAUACUCCAUCACUGUCACAGCAUAUACCACUAAAGGAGAUGGAGCUCGCAGCAAGCCAAAAAUCGUGUCUACAAGUGCUGCAGUUCCAGGUAAACCUCGACUUGUCAUUAGCCACACUCAAAUGAAUACUGCCCUUAUUCAGUGGUAUCCACCUGUUGAAACAUUUGGACCAGUCAUUGGUUACCGCUUAAAGUUUGGCCGCAAGGAUUUGGACACGCUUACAACAUUAGAAUUUUCUGAAAAAGAAGAGCAUUUUACUGCCACAGACAUUCACAAAGGAGCUCUAUACAUCUUUAAAUUAUCAGCCAGAAACAAAGUGGGCUACGGGGAAGAAAUUGUGAAAGAACUUUCUAUUCCAGAGGAACCACCAAGUGGAUUCCCACAAAAUAUUCACUGUGAUAGCACCUCUUCGACAUCAGUACUGAUAACCUGGCAACAUCCAAACUUAGAAGAAAGAAAUGGCCUUCUCACAAAAUAUACUCUAAUGUAUCGGGAUAUCAAUCUUCCACAUUAUCCAAUUGAAGUACCCAUUGUUCCUGCUGAUACGACUGUGACUCUCACUGGGUUAAAACCUGAUACCACAUAUGAUGUAAAAUUACGUGCACAUACAAGCAAAGGCCCCGGUCCCUUUAGUCCGAGUGUCCAGUUCAGGACACUGCCAGUUGAUCAAGCAGUGUUCGCAAAAAAUUUUCAUGUGAAAGCUGUGAUGAAAACAUCAGUUUUGCUGUCCUGGGAAAUUCCAGAGAAUUACAAUUCUGCUCUGCCUUUUAAAAUACUUUAUGAUGAUGGCAAAAUGGCUAUGGAAGUUGACGGACGGGCGACACAGAAGCUGAUCACUAAUUUAAAACCUGAGACGUCUUACUCUUUCGUCCUCACUAACCGAGGCAACAGUGCAGGAGGUCUACAGCACAGAGUGACAGCAAAGACAGCUCCAGAUGUUUUGAAAACAAAGCCUGUUUUUAUUGGGAAAACCAACUCUGAUGGAAUGAUUACAGUUGAGCUUCCUGAAGUCCUAGCGAAUGACAGAAUCAAAGGCUAUUAUAUUGUCAUUGUCCCUUUGAAGAAAUCACGUGGGAAGUUUAUCAAGCCUUGGGAAAGCCCAGAUGAAAUGGAAUUGGAUGACUUACUGAAGGAAAUUUCACGCAAACGGAGGAGCCUUCGAUUCAGAAGAGAAGCUGAGCAGAAACCAUACAUUGCAGCUCACUUUGAUGUUCUUCCAACAGAGUUCACAUUGGGUGAUCAAAAACAGUAUGGUGGAUUUGAGAACAAGCAGCUUCAAAAUGGACAAGAAUAUGUGUUUUUUGUACUAGCAGUAAUAGAGCACUCAGAAUCGACAAUGUUUGCAACAAGCCCAUACUCUGACCCAGUUGUGUCAAUGGAAAUUGAUCCUCAGCCAAUAACAGAUGAAGAAGAGGGUUUGAUAUGGGUUGUUGGACCAGUCCUUGCAGUGGUAUUUAUCAUCUGUAUAGUCAUUGCUAUCCUUCUUUAUAAGAGUAGUAAACCAGACAGGAAGAGGACUGAAUCGGACUCUAGGAAGAGCAGCUUACCUAACAGCAAAGAGAUUCCGUCACAUCACCCCACUGACCCAGUAGAGCUUAGAAGGCUUAACUUUCAAACUCCAGGUUCAGGUGUCUCCGGUUACCCUCGUAACCUUCAUUCUUCAAGCAUGGCCAACCACCCUCCAAUUCCUAUCCUGGAACUUGCAGAUCACAUUGAAAGAUUGAAAGCUAACGACAACUUAAAAUUUUCUCAAGAAUAUGAGUCUAUAGACCCAGGGCAACAAUUCACAUGGGAACAUUCCAACUUGGAGGUUAACAAACCAAAGAACAGAUAUGCUAAUGUAAUUGCAUAUGAUCACUCACGCGUUCUACUUUCAGCAAUUGAAGGGAUUCCAGGGAGUGACUACAUCAAUUCGAAUUACAUUGAUGGUUAUAGAAAACAGAAUGCUUACAUAGCAACCCAAGGGCCUCUUCCAGAAACCUUUGGGGAUUUCUGGAGAAUGAUGUGGGAACAACGAACUGCAACUAUAGUAAUGAUGACAAAACUGGAAGAGAGAUCCAGGAUAAAAUGUGAUCAGUAUUGGCCCAGCAGAGGAACGGAAACCUAUGGCCUUAUCCAAAUCACCCUGCUAGAUACUGUCGAGCUUGCAACCUACACUGUCAGGACCUUUGCACUUUAUAAGAAUGGAUCAAGUGAAAAAAGAGAAGUACGACAAUUCCAAUUUACUGCAUGGCCAGAUCAUGGAGUUCCAGAGCAUCCCACGCCUUUUCUAGCAUUUCUGAGAAGAGUAAAAACAUGUAACCCGCCAGAUGCCGGCCCUAUGGUGGUCCACUGCAGUGCUGGCGUUGGCAGAACUGGCUGUUUCAUUGUAAUAGAUGCUAUGCUUGAGAGAAUACGACAUGAAAAAACUGUAGAUAUUUAUGGUCAUGUAACUUUAAUGAGAGCUCAGAGGAAUUACAUGGUUCAAACAGAGGACCAGUAUAUCUUUAUCCAUGAUGCACUGCUGGAGGCGGUGACAUGUGGCAAUACCGAAGUGCCAGCAAGAAACCUGUAUGCAUAUAUUCAGAAGCUGACACAGAUAGAAACAGGAGAGAAUGUGACAGGAAUGGAGUUAGAAUUUAAGCGGCUCGCUAGUUCUAAAGCACACACUUCAAGGUUCAUCAGUGCCAAUCUUCCAUGUAAUAAAUUCAAAAACCGCCUUGUUAAUAUUAUGCCAUAUGAAUCUACAAGGGUUUGUCUACAGCCAAUUCGUGGGGUGGAAGGAUCUGACUAUAUCAACGCAAGCUUUAUAGAUGGAUAUAGACAACAGAAAGCCUAUAUAGCUACACAAGGUCCCCUGGCAGAGACAACAGAAGACUUCUGGAGAAUGCUGUGGGAGCACAAUUCAACAAUUGUAGUUAUGCUAACUAAACUUCGAGAAAUGGGCAGAGAAAAAUGCCAUCAAUAUUGGCCUGCUGAGCGUUCUGCGCGGUAUCAGUAUUUUGUAGUGGACCCAAUGGCAGAGUAUAACAUGCCACAGUAUAUCUUAAGGGAAUUUAAAGUCACAGAUGCCAGGGAUGGCCAGUCACGAACAGUGCGACAGUUUCAGUUUACUGACUGGCCAGAGCAAGGAGUGCCAAAGUCUGGAGAAGGAUUUAUUGACUUUAUUGGGCAAGUACAUAAAACAAAGGAACAAUUUGGUCAGGAUGGGCCAAUCUCUGUUCAUUGCAGUGCUGGCGUUGGAAGAACAGGAGUUUUCAUAACUCUGAGUAUAGUAUUAGAACGUAUGAGAUAUGAGGGUGUUGUAGAUAUCUUCCAGACUGUCAAAAUGUUGAGAACGCAACGGCCUGCAGUGGUACAGACAGAGGAUCAAUAUCAGUUCUGCUACCGAGCAGGACUUGAAUAUUUGGGCAGCUUUGAUCACUAUGCAACGUAGAACUUCUGGCCCAUCCAGAAAUUUACCUGCAGGCCCUUCAAGAUCCAGAGAGCCUCUUCUGAGCCAUACAGUGUGCUUGGGAUGUACUUCUUAACUCCUAGCUAAAGACCAAUUACAAUAAUUGGAAUAUUAUAAAAAUAAAAGACAUUUUCUGGGUGGACCAAGAAUUCACACUUUAAUACCUAACAUAAAAAAAUAAAUAACCCUCACUGGGAUGGCAUCUGAAGGGAUAAUUUCUCUGUGAAUAAUCCAGAACCAGUUGGCAUUAAAGGGAGGAAGAGGAAAUCGCAAAGAACCAUGAACUUGUCUGGGAUUGCAUGAUUGUUCAAAGACAAAUCUUAGGAAUACAACAGCUCAGUGCAAGAUGUUUAUUGAGCCUACUUCUGGCUUCUUAGACAAAUGGAAUCUUUGCUUCGACAUCAGCCCUUCUAUCCAUAUUGACCAUAACACAUUAGUAAAAGAAAUGGGUGGGAAAUGUUGAAAAACAAAGUCAUUUAUUUAGUUUUUUAGUAUUGUAAAGAUACUGCUGACCUGUGCUUCAUUAUUAACGGUGUAAACUUUAUUUUCCUUUUUUUUAACAAAAAUUUAUAAAGAAAGUGAAUAAAACAUUGCAUAAUUGUUGAUUUUUGAUCCAGAACUGUAUUUUUUUUAUGCGGUAGAACUGUUAUAUGUAAUAUCCCUAAUUAGAAAUAUAAAAACUAUUGAAAGAUUUGCACAUAUGUGUGCAUUUUGACUUAUAAAGUGUCAUAUUUUUUAUCUCAUACUUCUUUUACAACGUCAUAUUCCCAUUUUUUUUUAAGUCAUAUUAUUUGCAAAGCAUUCAAGACAAGCUUUUUUCAUGUUCUGUUUGGAAUCAACAGGGAAGCGCAAAGUAUAAAGCUGCUGCAAGAACACAUAAAAUAUAUAUAUAUUCAUACAUAAACUGUAUAUCAGCUCUUCCACAGAUUGAUUUGUUUUUUGAGUUAAUCAUUGUGGUUUAGAGUCUAAAGUAUCAUAUCAUUACUACUUUUCAAAAAAAUUACAAAAUCUUCAAUCUUUUGUUUUUAUAACGAAUGAAGGAAUGCACAUCAGUGAUAUUCUAGGUUCACCCCCGAAAUUUGCCACAUAUUCACCAAUCUACAUACAUUGUAAAGGCUUCCACUGCACUACAAUCUUUGUAACACUUUAGUGCAAUAAUCAGUCAUCUUGUAUAGUAUACAGGAUAUGUGCAUGCAAGGCUGAUCGGUGUAAUGGAGGAAAAUAUUGUAAUAUAUCAAAGAUUUUCAUUGCAAUUAUAUCAAAUCAUUUACAACAUUUAUAAUCUAUGAGAUAUGAUCAAAAAUGUCAGUUGUAUGAUAUGUAAAAAAAAUAAGGGCAAAGCCAAAAAGUUACUGCUCUGCUUAAUGAAAUUAGUUUUGUCACAGCAAUUAAAUGCUGAUUUUUAAUUUUUUGUUUUUGUAUUUAGAGUGCCUUAUGCCUUAUAUUUACUGCUUUCUCAACAUUUCAAGCUUCAGUUUAUCUCCAUUCAAAAUCUGUUUGUUAAGAUUUGCUUUCUUGGGGAGAAAAACUAAAAAUAUCAAUAUGCAGGCUAGAAAUUUUCUUCCAAGCACUUCAGUAUGGUUUGGAACCUUUUAUUUUGGGGGUUCUAUGAGUUUUUGUAAAUCUAUUUAUAGCAGUGAGUAUACGACAGCUAAUUUUUCCAGUGUAUGUAAGUAGCAAUUUCUGUAUUUCUCCUGUUUUUUUUUUUAACAUCAUGUGUUCGAUGCAAGUCAUUUUAAUUCUGGAAGCUUUCUAUUUUACAACAUAGAUUUUUCUUAAGGCACUUUAAUAAACUUUAUUUUGCAAUUCAUUUAUUAGUGCCUGCCAUAUUGACUCCUGAAUCAGGUGUCUCUAUCAAAACAGUACUUAAAUGUAGAGAUGAUUUUAUUUUAGCAGCCAGAAUUAUACCAGAUUAUUUUUCAGCAUCAUCUCAUUCUGCAUGGCAGCAUUUUGGGAAAACAAACCUAUAUGAGUGGUAAUGUCAGAGCACUUUUCUAAUAACUAAUAAUAAUAGAUGGCUACCUCGGACUCUAGAAAGUGUGUUAAAACCAGAAUAAAAGAAUGUGCACUUCUUGUUUUAUUUUUGUCGUCAUAUAAUUCUACAGAAUAUACUAUUGUGCUUAUUUUUGGUUAAGCAAAUGUAAUCAUGUAAAAAGUAAAAUCAUCUCAGUUGAUAUCUAUAAGCAAAAUCAUAUUUUUGUAUACACACAUUCUUUAAGAAAAUGAAAAUAUUGAAGCUUUUUUGUUUUUGUUGGAAAAACCAUUUCAAGUUUACAUUACUCCCACUUUUAUUCUUUUUUUUAAUGUAGGGAAUUAUGUUCCAAUCAUUGAUGUGCAUUCCGUUUUCUUUUUCUUGUCUUGCUGUGCUGUUUAAUUGCAAAAAGCAUCUUUAUUGGCAGACAACAUUAAUGACAGAAAAUGCAUUUUUCAAGCAUUAAUGGUACGGUGCUAUUAUUUACCUAUAUCAGUAUAGCUAUGUAUAAUUUUGUAAUUAGUUAUAUUGGAAAAAAAUAACAUAUAUAAACAUGAUUUGUACAAAACUUCAUUUCAGCUCAGUUUUCUUUUUCUCUCUUUUUUUUUUUGUUUUUUGACCUGCAUGGUUGGAUAAUGGAGAUGAUGGUUGGGUUGUAGACCCUCUGGGUAGAAUUGCACUUUCUAUAUCUUUGUACUAUGCACUGCCCUAUUGAUUCAACACCCAAUAAUACUAUAAUACUAUUACUUGAACCCAUCUUAAGAAGAGGAAAAACUGCUUUGAAAAUCACGUGUGCGUGUGUGUGUGUAAAUAACACAAUACAUAGGCAAAAUUUGUUUUAUGUUGAGAAUCGUUCAGAUAAUUUUUUUCCACCCUUUUGGCACUAGAGGUUUCUAAGUCUUAGUUGUGCUUAUAGGGUUAUAGCCCCGAUACUCCAAAACCGAUACAAAAUUCUGCUGACUCUGUCUUUUCCAUCUGUUUUGUGGCUUUGCCAUCAAAGCUUGGAGUGUCUUUACAAAGAUGAUAAAAUUAUGUUCUUUGCUUUCAUUUUGGAUGCAUAGACUGAGGAAAAAAUAAACUUGUAAAAUGGCUUGUUCAAAAAUCCAAUUACCUCUACUUAGUAGUACGCAUAAAUGUUUUACAAGAUAAAAAGCGUGCUUUUUAUUUUCUUACUUUGUUACAUUGGUGGCGAAAGAAGUCUGUCUGAAAAUCAGUUCUUUGCUGACACAAGUUCCAUUUGUUACAAAUGAAUUCUAAUAAAAAUAUCAGUGUUAUGCA